UGUGAAGUGGAAGUGGAGGACGGCGAGGAGGAAUCAUGUGGAUAGAACAAGUAAGGUAGUAGUAGUAUUAGUACUAGUAGUAGUGGUAGUUCUGCUACUACUUAGACUUGGUGGUGACCGGCAAAUGCUUCAUUCUCGGAUGAUGAGAGCGGUGAGAUCGCUUUGAAAAAUCUCACCAACAACACUCGCAAUGACGAGUUCUUGGGCCGAAGAAGUCUAGGAUUGCCUCGAGGCUUUGGAAUGACCACCAAGAGAAGCUGUGGUGGUCCUCUUUCCUCCUCCCCUACUUAGCCUGACUGUCGUCGUCGUUGUUGUCGUUGUUGUUGUCGUUCUUCGCCGUCGAAGGUGGAGCAGUCGUUGUUCGGUCACACGUCCUCCGUCCACUCCUUUGGAUGGACAUCGUGAGUGCGUAGUUACGAACCUUACGAACCUGAAACCUGGUCUGCCUGGUUCUGUUAUUAAGUGAUUGCCUAACACCCGAUCGACCAAGUCAAGAAAGGGAGUCUGUGCGAAAAACGCAAACGAAGUCAAAAUGGGAACAAACAUUCGAGUGAUGGAGAGGAAAAACGCGAGUACUCCCGACACCUUCUAGUAAGAUGGAUUCACUUUUUGCAAGACUUCACGUGCAAAGUCAACAAGUUUGAGGCAGACAUUCGCACAUUCCAAAGCUCAUCUUCAUUUCGCCGAGCCCGGAUUCAUUCCAGGAGUCGGCUGACCAUCAUCACUUACCCGACAAUCCACUUUGACAGUGAAGCUUUUACUCGCUCUCUCUCUCUUCCCCCUCCCCUCUUUCUCUCUCUCUCUCUCCCAUACUUCGAGUUCACUAUUUUCGGCAUUUGAGACGAAGGUGGGGGAAAUCAUAUUUUCGCAUUGUCUGACUUUCCAAAUCAGACCAAAGAAUUAAAAGCCAAGAGCCGACAAGGUGCGAACGGAAGAAUAGCUCUGGACUAAAGCUAAGCCCAUCCCGACGAGAAUUUUUCAAAAUAGCUCUGAUCGCGAGGGGAUUGCGUUCCGUUCGUUCCAGACAUUUUGUUGCCACAACAGUUCCGUUCCGAUCGUUGGAAAGUCAGGCAAGACACUUACAUGCAAGCAAGCGACGGCGACGGGGAAAAACCUUCACCAAUUCUCGACUUAGAAACGUGAAGGUAAAUCAAGUGUUUUGUCUUUACCCAUUGCUCACUGUUUGGCGGGAGGAAAAAAGGUUUAAUACGUUCCGAUACUUCAUGUCUUUGACAUUUCCUCCCAUCGGCCGUUUUGGACCAAGGUGUUGUGUAGAUUUCUCUUCCAAUCAAGUCAUGGCUUGAAAGGCUACGCUUGAAAGCAUCGUGUGAAUUUUCCCAUUUCCCCACAAGAGACAACACAGUUUAUCUUUUUGGGUGUCGAGAUCCUACUCGAGAUCUGCGGGGAAGCAAAAAAGGUCCAAAAAACGACGUGGACUAACGAAGGACAACACUUAAAGCUCAGUGCCUCCAUCCAUCCAUCCAUCCAUCCAUCAUGACAACCUCCACGGAAGAUCUGACGAUUGUAGACACCACUUUGUCGGUGUCGAGUACAUCGUGGCCCUCCAUUGAUCCCGACCUUGACUGUGGGACCAGAGCGGAUGUGACCCAAUACCAGUUCUGGUGCGACGGGGUCUUAUUAGUGAUCAUUGGCCUGGGAGGAUUCGUUGGGAAUUUAAUGGCCCUGGUGGUGCUCUCCAGACCCAAACUAAGAGACGUCUUCCAUCAGCUCCUUCUGGCCUUGGCUUGCUUUGAUAUUUUGUACAUCAUCUGCGGUGGCGUGAGCUACACAUUCAGAGCCUUCCAAGCCCAGUCCGACAUCUACACAUAUCUGUUUCCGCAUUUGAUUUACCCAUUGUCGCAUGUGGCGGUAACGGGGACGAUAUUCAUGACGUUGGCCAUCUCGAUCGAGCGCUACCUGGGCCUUUGCCAUCCGAUGUUGCCGCCACAUUCUCGCAAGGCUUGGUUUUACAUCGUGCCGGUGGUGGUGAUCGCGUUUGCUCUGAACGUGCCCAAAUUCAUGGAGGUGGAGCUGGAAAUUGAAACCGUCAAUGGGACGGACAUCCCGUUCUUGAAGUCCUCCCAACUCCGUUACAACGAGAACUACGUCCGGGGCUACAUCAUGUGGACACGUUUGUUCUCCACCGCCAUCAUUCCCGUGACCAUGUUACUGUUUCUGAAUACUCGGAUCAUCAUCGACUUGUUCUCAAGUAAAGUGCAACGCUUCGGCUCAACCAAGCGCCAACGCCGCGAGAUCAAUCUCUGUUUCAUUCUGCUCUGCAUCGUGUUUGUCUUCUUCAUUUGUCAUGCAUGCCGUAUCUUCUUGGAUGUGUACGAGUUCUCCAAUGUGGAGAAAAUCAUUCAAUGUGCUCCCGAUCGCCCAUGGCUUCCCGAGGCUUGGGGCCAGGCCCUGCCCUACGUGUCCCACUUUAUGAUGAUCCUCAACUCCUCGGUCAACUUCAUCGUGUAUUGUCUGGUGGGUCACACGUUCCGACGCGAGCUUUGCCGGACAUUGGGCAUCCGAGAUUAUAUGUCGAUUCCCGGCGCAGAGUGGUCCAGACGAACCUCGCGAUCGGAUAUGGUCAAUGGCAAUGGUUCCACUCUGGUUUCCAUUCAACCUGGAGGCAGCCGAUCCCUCAAAAACGGCCAUCGUUCCACCUAUUACAACAGUCCGAGUAGCAGUCCCAUGAAUGAGGGAAAUAAACAAGCCAUGAUAAAUGACCUCACCGAGGUUUAAACUGGCUUCUUGUUUCGUCAUCUUCGUCUUUUUCUUCUAAAUCUUCUUCGUAAGUGCUUCUUUAUCGUCGUUUUCGUCGUCUUCUUCAUCUUCUGCGUGUCUUUCUUCUUCUUCUCCUGUCGAACGGAUUCCUUCGCAUCCUUCAAGAUUGAAAGAAGACACACCACACACCAACAGCAACUACUACUACUACUACUACUACUAGUAGUAGUAGUACUUUUACUACCACCGUACGAUCCGAGCAGAAGUGAAAAUCGCAAUUUCAUCCUCGUCUCAUUUUGAAUUGAUGUGCUGUUCAACAAAUAAUGAAUGUGCAGAGUUACAUAUUGCUCAUUGUUUUUGACAUCCCGUAUUAUUGGACUAGAUUUGGAUCAAGGAAAAGUGCCCUCGACGAAACAAUUCAUCUGCAGGAGUGACAUGGCCUUCCUUUUCCGUGGGACACUUUCCUGAAAAUCGUGACGUUAUGGCGCCAAGUCUCUACUAGUCAGAAAAAAAGCGUGACGGCGCCAAUUGAAAACAAAAAUGAUAAUUCCACUUGGGGAAGAAAACAAACAAACAUUCAUUCUCGCCGAGCAAUGAAGGCCCGUCAAUGUGAACCUCCUUAUGACUUCUUUACGUCGUCAUCACCAUCAAUGUUAAUCGUAUAUUCAUCUUACUACUUUUUGAGCCUAUGCAUGUGUUUCUCGUGGUUCAAUGUGGUCGUCGUCGUCUCCUUUGUCGUUGAAGGAAGGGAAAUUGCCUUCCUUACCAAAAUUCAUUCACCUCGUACCACCCACCCACCAUUCAUGUCAUGUCUGUUCAGGUCAGUUGGGUCGAUCGCUAGACAAGCACGCCAUCAGUUGUUCAUCAUCCCUCAAACGGAGAUCCUUUGUGCGCAGAUGAAUAUCAUGAAUUCUUAUGUUUGUGACCACCUGUGGUCGGAGAACCAAUCGGUUGUGCACCUUCUGUUUUACCAUAUGAAUCAAAUUUUCCUUGAACCCUGGGCGGCGUAACAUUCAUCGCAUUUGAAAUUGACGAUGUAAACUGGAUGUGUUAGGUGGAACAUGUUCGUGUGUAAUCUUCAAAAACCAACAGUACAAUAUAGAUUUGUUCAAUAUCAACUUUAAGUAGUUUGCCUCUUCAUGUUUCAAAAAUAUAUAUAUUUUGGUGCCAAAUAAAUUUCAUGUUUGAAAACGCA